CUAUCUACUGUUGUUUCAUCCACAAAGCUCUGCAACAGUGCUUUCUUAUGGACGACCAGGCGUUGGAUUCGAUGCUCGAAUAGAUAUGAUGGCUGUGAGUUUACCCAAUGAUGGGCCAAAAAGCUUCAACAGUAACAUGAAAAUCGAUAAUGAUUUGUGUAUUUUUAGACCUGAGGAUUGUCCACGAAGUAUAUCAAAGGGAAGCAUUGAUAAAAUUCGAGAAACAAUGAGGAAGCAUGAAGCUUUGUUUAGGGAGCAGGUUCAGGCACUGCACAAGCUGUACAGUAUCCAAAAAUUGGCAAUGCAAGAAAUAACGCAAAGAAUUGAUGUCCAUGUCCAAUUGUUAACAUUUAGUUCCAACAACGUUUCUGUUCACAAUGGUCAGCUUCAUGGUGCAGUUGGGGAGAAAAAACAUUUAAGGCCAUCCUGUAUUUCUACUCAAGCUUGUAGGGCUGGAUCAACUAUUCUUUCCUUGAACCCUAUUUGUGCAGUCCAAGAGGUUACGGGUUGUGGUCCAAAAACAUUGACAUGGAUGAAUGCCACUGAAGUAAAAGAAUUUCCCAGUGGUCAGACCAAACCCAGAAUAGAAAUUGAUCUUGAAAGGCCCCCAGAAGACUACUUGGAAGAUUCUGAGUCUAAGGUUGAAGCAAACAGUUAUGCAAUGCUUUCUAAUACCAAUUUGCUCGAAGGAACAAAAACAAAUGAGGUCUCAUUCAGGGAAAGCAAUUUAUCUGUUCCUCAUGCAGAUUCUCUAAGUUUGAAGCGGAGAGAUCCAGAUAAAGACUUCAGUACACUUGCAGAAUCAAUGCAGCAGAUGCAUCAAGAUUGUGUCCGAGCUCAAGAAAGCAAAAGUUAUGGAAUUGAUAUGAACAAGUGCUCUUCUGGAAUUUAUAGUCUACAGGAAGGUUUUCAUAAGAACAUACUUCGUAAUUUUCUAUGGAAUGAUCUGCCUGCAGUUGGGAACCCUUCCAUUAAUGUGGAACCAAUCCUUUCAUCCAAUCACCAAGCAGGAAAGCUUGUGCACUUGCGUCAGGGAUCAUUGGUAGUUACAGCUCAAAGAUUUAACUCUCUUGAUUCAGUGUCUUCCAAACCCAGAGAACAUGUUGGGAGUACUCUUGAGCUGGCCAAAGGAUGCAUUGAUUUAGCUUCUCCUCAGAUAUAUCAACCUACAGAAAUUGGUAGCAGUUUUCUGACACCUGAUUUGAAAAAGGAUAAACACCACCAACAGAAAGAUUCCACUGGUGAAGACUUAACCUCCCAAACAAGUGAUGAUGGUGGGAGUAACAAUCUGAAUAUCUCGAGUCAUGGGAGCAACAGCAUAGAAUCACAUGGUGUUGAUGUUUGUAAUGAUGGCAAUCUUAGCACUUUAACUAUCAGCAGUAGCCCCAAAUUGGUUGGUGAAUGUGCUGAGCCCAUUCAUAUGAACAAAGUCAAAACAGGAGGAGUUCAAUCAGAACUUAAAGAAUCAGUUUGGUUGAGAAACAGCAUUGAGACUUCCCAUGCAUCUUCUAUUUCAGAUUCUGAAGCCAACCACAUGGACCACAGUAAUUGCUCAAAUGGAAACCCUGAAACUGUUGCAAGUCAUAAGCAACCAGUAGUGACAAGAAGUAAUGAGGAACCCAAGAAUGAAGCAACAAUUGAAGAGAUAUCCGAAAAUGUUGCAGCAAAGAUACUGCUUAGUCUUGCACCUUAUAAAUCAUUGGAUGAGGACAGCUCACACGCUCAUGUUAAAGCAGAGAUAGACAGAUCAAGUCUAGAUGUGGAGAGUGAAGAGAAGCAAAAUCUACUUGAGGAAAGAGUCAUAAACAAUGGCAAUGUAGGUAUUGAAGAUGAAACAUUGGAUCCAACCAAAUUCAUUCAUGAAAGGAGAACAUCAAGAAGGCCCUGA